AUGAGUAUCCCAGCUGCUGUCAAACGUUGUCUGAGAUUAUGCGGUGAUUUUGAGUAUGCUAUGCCGGUCAUAGCUUACUAUCUCAAGCUGUACGUGGUAGAAGAGUUUUUGGGCUUACAGGAGAGAAACGAGGAAGUCAUCGCUAAUGCAACAAGGCUCCUGGACGAUAUCGAACAGUUCAAACAAAGCGUGCAAGAUGAGGCCGAGCAGCACCUUUUGAAAGAUCAGCAGAAAGCCAAAGUUUAUUGCAUGAAUUUCACGUUGUCGUUGUACAACGAGCAACUGAGCAAAGUUCAGAACAAGUUGAUUGCUGGUGACUUGGCUAGAGCGUUAUGGUGCUGUAUAGACCUUUUCAGUGCGAUUCUCGCGCUUUGGGGCAAAACGGAAGCUACCGCAGACGAAGUCACUCAGUGCCAAAAGAGAAUUAAGGUUUGCAAACUGUUCCUGAGUAAACUGGCACGCGGAGAGCUUGGCUCUGAGACCGUUGAGAAAUCGCAAGAACCCGAAUACAAACCCGAACAAGUGGUGUGUCCACAAGAUUCAGACAUGGGGCUGUCAAGUACGGAGCAAAACGAUGUGGAAGUGACCGAUGACGAGGAUGACGAUGAUGGGGACGAAGCCAUCGAACAAACCUCCCAGCCUGAGUCCCAGCCUGAGGUUGACCCUGUGGAAGUCGAAAGCUUCUUAAAGAGCUUGGAACAAGACCCAGCACUUGCUCAAGAAAUCGAAGACAAGAACCCUUCGAGCGACAACGACAACGGCGAAGACGACAACGGCACGCAACACUUGAAAGAUACUGAGGAACUUAUUCGUAAAAUGCGUGAACUAGGUAGUGAGCCAGCACCACCUUCCACCGACUCCGAACCAGAACUACAGCUGCCGCAGGCUCCCACGGAGAUCGGUAGGCUUCCUGAUUUCGAAGAAGCAGCGCAGCCCACAAUCGACAUACAAAAACCGGUACACUUUAAACCUGACGACCUCAAAGCCAUGUGGAACAGAGAGGACCAAAUUGCAGUUAUUCAAAAAGCCGCUAGGUUCGCUAUAAGCGCGCUGAAUUACGAGGAUCUGAAAACCGCGAAACGGGAACUGACAAAAGCGCUGCAACAACUUGAGGAAUUAGAAGGAUGA